UGUCAGUCGUUGAUUUUCAUUUUCAUUUUCAUUUUCACCCACAGGACUGAUACAAAUCUUAAAGACUCUUGUGUCAUUUACUCAUUUACGAUUAUUGCGAAGCACCAUCAUAGAUUUCUAAUUUCUUGCGACGAUUUUAAUUUCUCACUGAUCCUGCAAUUACAUCAGUUGAAGCUCCAAAUUCUGGAAAAUGGAGAUGAUUGUAGCAGGGUCAUUGAUACUGGGUCUUCUAUUAGCUCUUCUCUUUGUCAUCCCACGAUUUACCAAACCCAGUCAAUCGAAAACUGAAGCCUUGAAUAAUAACCCCAAAAACAUAUCUAAGGAAUCUAGAAGAUAUACUAAAGCUGAAGUUUCGUUGCAUGACAAAAGGACUGAUUGUUGGGUCAUCAUCAAAGAUAAGGUAUAUGAUGUAACUUCAUAUGUGGAGGAGCAUCCAGGUGGUGAUGCUAUCUUAACGCAUGCAGGGGAUGAUUCCACUGAAGGGUUCUUUGGGCCACAGCAUGGUACACGAGUGUUUGACAUAAUUGAUGAUUUCUGCAUUGGAGAAUUGGAACAGUGAUAGUCUAUUGCAAACCUACAAAUGUACCAAAUUCGUGGAACCAUCAUAGGAUUAAUAGCCGAGGCUCUUCUUCAUCUGCCAUUGCCAUUGUCAAUAGCAAAAUCUUGAUGUAACAUUAAGCCCUAGCAGGUGUUAAAUUCUCUUUGAUAAAAAACCAGGAAUAGCACUGCAAGUCAACUUCAAGACAUGGAUGCUUUCAAUUCUUGAGUCUUACUCAAUUGAUGAAUUCUUCUUUGGAAGUAAUUGAUUGGAGAAAAAACAUUCAGCUGUAUUUCUGAGUAAACGAUCAUGUCGUGACUCGUGAAGAGCAAUUCCUGCUUCUCCAUUUUACUGCUCCAUUUUUCUGACUCGUGACUCAUACAUCUCCUGCUUCUCCAUUUUACUUAAUUGAUUAAUGUUUUAUAUUAUCACCAUAUUCAAAUUUCAUUAGGUGAAAUAUUGUAGACGAUUAAACUCAUUCAUACCAGUAUUUUAUGAGAAAGGGUCUUUUUUUA